CAACAGGAUCAUCGAGGAUAAGAGGGAUUUAAACUUAAAGUUUUUCUAUGAGAAUAUUGAUAGCAAUGUCAAGUCGUAACUGUAUUGGAGACAAUGCCACACACACUCAGGUCCGCAAUGAUUUCAUUGAGCACCAGCGACAACUAUAUUGAAGAUAGACUCCCAUUUUAUUUAUUUGGUCUUAUUUGUGUGUGAUUUGAAUAAUUCUUUUAAUUGAGCACCAUGUUGUUAUUGCUAUAAUUUUUCAGUUUUGAACAUUUGUUGUAAUUGAGAGGAUUAUUAUAUCAUAUUAUGUUAAACCAUCAAUAAGUUUGAUUUAUAUUGUUGUUUUAUUUACAUUAUGUUGUUCAAAACAAUGAUUUUUUUUUUGCGGCACCGUGUGCGAUGGGGCAGAAUGCCGAUUUUUUGCGGUACGGGUUUGCGACAUCUGUGCCACCCGAUCGCCCGCGGUGCCGCAAAUUCGUUUUAGAGGAAGCAGUAAUUAUUUUUGUGAGACGAGAAUAUAGGGCAUCCGCUAGAGUUGCUCUGAAGACUGUCCUAAAAAUACGUACUGUAUAAAGACUUGCUUCAAAAAUAGCAAAGUUUACGGUAAUAGCAAAAGGGUCCCAAAAGAAAAAGAAAAAAAAGGUACAGGUUUGUAAAGGGGGCAGAUCUCAAGUCGGUUAAACCAUUGUCCCCAAACGAGAAAUUGGGGAGGUUUCCAUGGACCGCCGCCGCCGCCGUCUUGCGCCCCCCGUCAUGCCGCUCCCGGCGCCUGCGCCGCCGCUGGACAACGACGACCUCCUCCGUGAGAUCCUACUCCUCCUUCCUCCGCAGCCGUCCUCCCUACUCCGCGCCUCCGUGGUCUGCAAGCGCUGGCGCCGCCUCGUCUCCGAUCCGGGCUUCCGCCGCCGCUUCCGCGCGCACUACCGGAAGCCCCCACUCCUCGGCUGCUUCUACUUGGACCUAGAUAUCGGUUACGUCUUCACUCCCACGCUGGAUCCGCCCGACCGCAUCCCCGCCGCGCGUUUCUCCCUGCCGCAGCAGCGCUGCCGCGACGAGAGGUUGGCCUUUGUGGAAUGCCGCCACGGCCUAGCCCUUUUCCUCAACAAGAAUCGGCCCGAGGCCGUGGUGUGGAACCCCAUCUCCGGUCACCAGCGCCGAGUAGCUUUUCCAACAGAGUUUGGCAACACUAGAGAGAUGGACAUCCUAUACGCGGCGGUGCUCUGCGCUGCCGGUGACGACGACCCUUGCCAUGUGCACGGUGACUGCGACUUGAGCUCUUUUAAAUUGGCUUUGGUGCGAGGUGGUGAAGACAACGCAAGUGUAUCUGUAUGCCUCUACAAAUCCAAGUCUGGCCUAUGGGGAAAUGUUAUCUCAGCAACUAAAGAUUGGUACACAUUGAGUAGUCGGAGAAUGCACGGUGUCCUGGUUGGGAAUGCACUUUAUUGGUGGUUUAUCCAAGUAAUUGAAGGUGUUAUCCUUGAGUUUGAUUUUGAAAUGCAGAAGCUUGUUGUAGUUGAGAAGCCAGUAGACCAAGGUCGUCGUUCUGGCUUUCAGAUCGUGCGGAAAGAGGAAAGUAGUCUUGGACUCAUCAUGUUGACAGAACUGACCAUGCGGCUGUGGGAGCGAAAGGUCAAUUCUGAUGAUGUUGCUACAUGGGCCCUUCAGAAAACCAUUGAUCUGACAAAGCACCUUUGGCCAAGACAGUCCGUCCAGGUCUUCUGGACCAGGAUACAGGGGUACGAUGAGGAUCACAAUGUGAUAUUUCUGGGGACAUCUAGUGGUUCCUUCAUGAUUCAACUCGACUCAAUGCAGUUCGAUAACCGUUUUCAAUUCAAGUCCAUCUUCACCCAUUUCCCCUACACAAGCUUUUAUGCUGCAGACUGGGCAGCUGGUGGUAGAGAUGAUGGAACUGAAAUGUCAAGCAGUACAUCACCUAAUUGUCCUAUCAGAUAAGCUACCAUAAUGUGUUAAUUAAACCCGCGAUGUGCAUUUUGCUUCUGAUACAUGUUUAUUUAUUUAUUACCUUGUCGACAUUUUGAUAUAAUCCUGCAAACUGUGUAUCCUCUGAAUAUUUAAGCUGUUCGCGACCUAUCUAGUAGAUUGGGAUCAAAUUUGUUUCAGUUGUAAACAAGCUGCGUAUUAUGUAGUAUUUUAUUGGAUGUGACCACUUUU